AUGGAAGUCUCGAGGAAGGCGAAGCGUGCCGGCGGCGGCUUCGACGACCGGCUGAGCGACCUGCCGGACUGCCUCCUCCAUGACAUCCUGUCGCGCCUCAAGGCCCGGCAGGUCGUUCAGACGUGCGUGCUGUCGCGGCGGUGGCAGCACCUCUGGCCCACGUCCCCGUGCCUCGACGUCGAUAUCCGCGAGUUCCGCCCCGAUGCGACUCUAGGUCCCCGCCGGUGGCCGCUGAGCCCCGCCCAGCUCGCUGACUACGGGAAGGAGCCGGCCGAGCUCGCCGACUUCGAGGAUUUCGCCGACAGCCUUCUGGUCCAUCGGAUUCGGAGCGCCGGAGCUGCGCCCCUGCAAACCCUGCGGCUGCGCAUCCCGCCGUGGUGGUUGGGGUUGAGCGUCGUGCCGAUCUAUGUCAGCGAGAUCAACGCGGCCAAGUACACGAGGUGGGUGCGUCGCGGCCUCCAGUGCUCCCCGGCGGCGCUCGACGUGCGCGGCUCCGUCAAGCUGCCCCCUCUAGCCUCCUCCGGUACCCACCGCCUCACGAGCCUGCGCCUCGACCAGGUGACCCUCCACCGUGAUUUCGCGGAGCACCUCGCCUCCGGGCUCCCCGUGCUGGAGGACCUGCAGAUCACUGGCACCAUGUUAUCAGUAGCGCUCCCGAGGAUCGCGUCCGGCACGCUAAAAAACCUCGUGGUCGAAUCCUCCACCCACAACAGCGAGAGCCUGAGCUUCACCAUCGCCGCCCCUCGACUCGCGUCGCUGCACCUCACCGUUAACUUCCGGUGCCUCAUCUCCUUCGCCGUCGUCCUCGAGGAGGCGCCUUGCCUCAUCCAAGCAUCCGUCCGCCUGGUAGGGACCCCUGAUCUCCGGCACAAACAGGGGAUCGGCUACUACCUUCAGCAGGACAGGGAUCUGCUCAGGGCUUUUUGCAACUUCAUCGGCUCUCUGUCCCACGUCUGCACACUGAAGCUGCACGGCUUUGGCAACAUGACAGUAGUUGAGCAACCUAUACCCCAUGCGCCACCUCCUGGAGCUCAAUUCUUUCAAUGUCAGCCGGAGAUGCUGCACCCGUAUAUACCUCUUGUUCCACCACCUGGACCAUUCUUCUUUCCAGAUCAGCCGCCGAUGCCGGCGAUGCUCGACGGGGAGCACCACGGGUUACUGGUGUUUCGCAGCAUGAGGACCUUGGUCCUUGAGGAUUCCGAGAUUGGCGGCGAUGCUCACACGCUCUGGCGUUUUCUGCAUAAUGCUCCUGCCCUAGAGAAGCUAACUCUAAAGAACUGCCAGUGCCAUGAGUUCCCAAACACUUCAAUGAUGGAGCUACCUCGGACCGUAUCCCUCACCCCCAACCUCAAGUCGGUGGUAAUCAUCGAGGGCGACAGCGAUGGGAGCAUAGACACGGAGCAAACGAACGAGGCAGACUAUGAGUCCUACCGGGAACGGGCAGCCCGCCGUGGGAAGGAGAGGAUAAGGGCCGCCGAGGGCCGUAUCGCAGCGAAAAUGGCGGCGGCGGAGGCGGCUGAUGUGGCGGCAUGGGCAGCCACAGAGGAGGAAGCCAUCCACGCCCGCAUUGUGAAGAAACGACAGCGGAGGAACACGUGCGUCCUCGCCCGAGAGUAG